AACGUAUUCAUGGUGACUUUUAUCAUACACUUGUCCUGUUUUUCCUGCAGGUGAGCACUCACGGCUACUCUCAGAAUCAGAUCUUGGUGUGGAAAUAUCCGGCGCUCACUCAGGUCGCCAAACUCACAGGACACUCCUACAGAGUGCUCUACCUGGCCAUGUCCCCGGACGGUGAGGCGAUCGUGACGGGAGCGGGAGACGAGACGCUGCGCUUCUGGAACGUGUUCAGUAAAACCAGGUCAACUAAGGAAUCCGUUUCAGUUUUAAAUCUCUUCACCCGGAUACGAUAACUUUAAGGAAAUAUAAAAACUCUUGGACUCUAGUUGGAGUGGAUCCUGUCGUCCGGACGGUUCCUCCUCACAGUGCUGAGAACAGAGAACACUACAGGCUUCUUGUUCCACAGAAAACAUGGCGACAAGAACAACCGGGCACUUUUUUCAUGCGAACAGUUGCUAGGGAAACUCUUUUUUCCCUUUUUGUGCUCUCAUUCUGAAUGUAGUCAUUUUUUUUUAUUAAAAGAAAUGUGUAUAAGUGAGUUGAAUUUCCAUUUGUGUAAAAGAAAAAAGGCCUUACUUGUGUUGAAACAUGGAGAGUAUUACUAGUUUUUAUUUAACUCAGGUCUUAUUUAUUUAACGCUGCAAUUUAGAAAAUGCCAUUACAUAUUAUGACUAAAACACAAUCACCUACCAAGGCCUUUGCAUUACGUGCACCAUGUUUACUGUGAUCCUCAGAGGACUCGCAGUGAUUGGCUGAAAUAAUGGACAGAAAGUCUAAUGCUGGGCAUCGAGACGUACUUUAAUCUGUAUACUGAUUCUUUCUUGUAAAGGAAGAAAUAAAACCAUGAUGCAAAUGGACAA